GUUGUAUCAAUGUCGGCUACACGCUCUCUGAUCUGUAAUCUGUAUUCACAGAAAACAAACGUAUCGAUGCAUGUCAGAAUUAACAAAGGACGCAAAGGAGAAACUGAUAAGAGAGUGUGCUACUAAUCUGCACUACAGAGGGCUAAAUAUACUCAUGUCAUGCUAGUUGAAAAAUUGAGGUAUUUGAUUUCAACACUUGGUCAUUUGAGAUGCCAAAGACCGCCGAGCUGUAAACAGUCAGGACGCUGUGGUGAGCACUAUGCCGGAGUGGCUGAAGGAGUACGAGAGAGUGGCUGUGAGACAACAAGAAUAUCUUCAGAGAAUCAAGGACCUGCGCAGAAGCCUCGAAAACAGAGAUGAACACUUUAUGAUGAUUGCCAUAGAGCGCAUGCGUACACUUAAGAGGGGGCGUUUCCGUGAUCCGAAGUAUCCGGAAAUAUCUCAGAUGCCACGAAAGAUGUACUGCAUGGGACCGGAGGCAUUUCCCCAACGUUCGUGUGUCUUGCACGAGCGACAGGGACGAUUUUACAUGGCGCCGAAUGUGUUGCCACGAAAACUAGCCCCACUUGUGAAAAACAAACGGAGAUUAGCACCGUUACCGCCCUAUGGUCCAGUCGACCGUCUGAAGACUGACUAUGAACCUAUAGAAAGUAUUGCUGCUCGCAAUAAGAUCAAUUUACAGAAUUACGUGAAAGUUAACCAAGGCGACAAAGGUUCCAGUGGCCCAUCACCACGACAACCGUUGUCAAUAACAACGGUGACGGUACAGAGUAGUGACGAUGAGGGAGAUGUCGAGGACGUGUCCAUGGAGUACAUUACCGACGUCAGUUCCAGGAAGACCAUCGUUGAUCCCCGUAGAGUAUAGUUUCCUUGGAUCAUGAAACUGACAUCAGUUCAAGCAAGACAAUCGUUGAUUCUCGUAGGGUAUAGUUUCCUUGGAGUAAAUGACUGACGUAAAUUCAAGGAAGACCAUCGAUGAUCCUCGCUGACUUCAGUUUUCGCGGGAUGUACAGCGAACAUCGUGUCGAGGGAAGUCUUUGUUCCUGCUCAAAGAGAACAGUUUUUUUUAUUAUAUAUAUAUUAUGUAACUAAGACCAUGUCCUGGAAGAUCGCCGUACACCCUUCUCGAGGAGUAUAUCCCUCGGGUUGCAUGGCGUUGUUUUAAAGAAGACUAACGUUGAUUAUCGCACAGUUGGGUAUCGUUGAGUGUCGAUGGAAAUAGGGAUCCUCGUAGAGAAUAGUUUUAGUGGAUUACAAUACUUUCGUGGAGUAUAUUGUUUAACUGACAUUCCAUGGAAUAUCGUAGCUAAUCCUUGUAGAAUAAGUAUCCCUCGGAUAUAUAACUGGUUGGCGUGUGCUCAAAUGAGUACAUGGUGAACCAUUAUAGAGUUACUGUAUCAUAUUUUCUAUUAUAUGACUCGUUCUCGUAGAACAUGGUUUCCUUGGAGUACAUACUUAUUUUUAUUUCAUGGGAGAUCAUCGUUGAUCUUCAUUAAGAUAGCGUUCUUGGAUUAUAUAACAGGCAGUAAUUAUCAUUUCGUGAAGUAUAUAACUAUCCUCAUUUCGUUGAAGAUCGCUGUCGAUCCUUUAAUUGUGUUCAUCGGGAAUAUUUCUGCUUUGCGUCAGCUCAAUGGCGUCAAUCGUUUAUCGUGACAGAGUGACGAAUUUUCGAAUAUAUAUUACUGAUGUCAGUUCAAAGUAGACUAUCGAAGAUGUUUCUUGGAUAAUAACUGGUGUUAUUUCGUGGAAAGCGGACUGUUCUUAUGGUAUACAGUAUAGUCAGCUAAAGGGAGCCAUCACUGGUCGGAGUAGAGUGUUCCACUAUCGAGUAUAUAUAAUAUAGAUUACCUCAGCUUGAAGUUACCUGCGCUGCGUCGUUGACUCGCGUUGGACAUGGAGCCAAUCGAUGGCAGCUCAAGGAUGGCACUAACUGGUAAUUGCAAAAUACAUUACCCCAGGAUGAUUUACGAAAGAAAGACACCAUGAACCACCGUUGACUAUGUCUAGACCGUCUGACUCGCAACGUUACUCUCGGUUGAGCAUUUUGUCAGCAGCUUGCUGUUUUCUGUAUAUAGACUUCGAUCUCACAGACUACAUAGACCAUAUGAUGAAAAUCAAAGAAAGAUUGUUAUUGUUGAUUUCCGUGUUGAUUCCUUUUUUUAAGUUUUGCGAAUAAACAGCAUUUUUCUAUU